GUUCGUCUAAGGCAAGUUCCAGGAGCCCGCGAGGAAAGGCUUUGGGGGGAAGCCGAGCCAUCUCCAGGGACUGAGGCGGGGGCAGCCAUGUCUGAGCCAGCACAGCCACCUGAUCUUGGGGCAGGACCAGAUGGGGGAGAGUCUUCUGGAGGUCCCCCCCAACAGCCAGAAAACCUGACCAGCAACCGCCGCGUGCAGCAGACUCAAGCUGAAGUGAACCAAGUGGUGGGCAUCUUGUGUGACAACAUGGAGAAAGUCAUAAAGCGAGAUGAACAGCUCAGUGUCCUGGAUGACAAAGCAGAUGCUCUCCACGAGAGCUCCAAAGUGUUUGAAAACAGCACGACCGCCCUGGCGAGGAAAUACUGGUGCCAAAACAUGAAGAUGAUGAUUAUUUUGGCAUUGAUCUGUAGUAUCGUGGCCAUUGCAAUUGGAGUCUACUUUUUCACCUGAGACUCGGGCCCCUCCCCUCCCCUCUGCAGCUUCCCUCCCUCCUUUC